UCGUAAUUUGGGAUACAAUAAGAUUUUUUGUGAUUCAUUCAUUAGUUUAACAUAUUAUUAAGCAAACAACAACGAGAGCUUAUCAGUGUUAUUGACUAUCUAUAUUUUCGCUGCUGCUGCUGCUGCUGCUGGCGUACACGCAUACUAUUAAGCGGCCCCCAAAAAUUUCAGCCUAGCUCGCAAGCUCUCACAUACAGUGCAGAAUGGCAGCAGAAAUAAAACCAGCUCAACGGAGCAAUAACGAUCGCUUUCUUACUACAAAAAAGCCGGAAUUGCUCAGCAAACUUGAGGGGAGUGGUGAUGAUGUUAAUGCCGCUUUACUAAUUCCCGGAGAAAAUGGUGUAAUUAGUGUAUCGGAUGACAAAACGGUACGUGUGUGGCUCAAGCGCGAUUCAGGACAAUAUUGGCCGAGCAUUUGUCAGUAUAUGCCCUCUGGUUGCACGUCCAUUGAGUAUGUGCCAGAUGUGCGACAAUUGUACGUUGGACAGGACAAUGGAACCGUAACGCAGUAUACGCUAUCCGAGGACUGCAACCGAUUAUCUUUUGUGCGCGAUUAUUUGUCGCAUCAGGGCCGUGUGGUGGCUGUGGUAUUCUCAAAAACCCACAAUUGGAUAUUAUCUGCGGGCAAAGAUAAACAGUUUGCAUAUCAUUGCACAGAAACAGCGACGCGUGUGGGCGGAUACAAUUUUGAAACGCCCUGCACAGCACUGCAAUUUGACGCCUUAGCUAAAUAUGCAUUCAUUGGAGAUCAUGCGGGUCAGAUCACAAUGUUGCGCUGCGAUGUGCAGGGCGUUCAACUUAUCACCACAUUCAAAGGACACACGGCUGGCAUACGCUGCUUGCGUUGGGUGGAGGGGCCACAGUUACUAUUUAGCGGUGCAUGCGAUCAAUCUGUAAUUGUUUGGGAUGUGGGCGGAAAGCGUGGCACCAUUUACGAACUGCAGGGUCACAGCAAUAAAGUCUCAGCACUAGCCUAUGCCAAUCAAACACAACAGCUGAUCAGUUGUGGUGAGGAUUCCGUCGUUGUCUUUUGGGAAAUGAAUGCAAUGCGUAAGGAAGUACCCGGCUGGGUGGAGUCCAACAACUGCCAGCUGUGCUCAAGACCAUUUUUCUGGAACUUCCGCUCUAUGAUGGACCAAAAACAAUUGGGCAUAAGGCAACAUCACUGUCGUCAUUGUGGCAAAGCUGUCUGCGAUAAUUGCUCUACCAAUCGCAUUAAUAUACCCAUUAUGGGAUUUGAGUUUGAUGUACGUUGCUGCGAUCCAUGCUACAAGCAGCUACAAACAGUGGAACGUCCAUCUUUGGCUUCAUUUCACGAUGCCAAACAUUCCAUUGUCCAUAUGGAUUUGGAUGAGGAGCGCAAGCGUUUGUUGACCGUUGGCCAGGAUCGGCUUAUAAAGGUUUGGGAUUUGUCCACCAUCUGGACAUAAUAAUUGCGCAUGACUUAAUGUUUCAAAUUUCAUAAAUUAAUUAAAAAAUAUUGUAUUGUAUGAAGGAAAAAUAAAUUUACCAAAUGCAUGUAAAAUGUAAAGUAUUGAAAGAACAUUAAGAAAUGUUUAGCCCCCUAUAUAAAUACAUUAAUCAUUGUAUAAGUUAUAUAUUUUCAUCAGCUUGAAAAUGAUGUAAAACCUAAAU